AUGGCCUCCGGAUUCAUUGAAAUCACCAAUAAACAAGGAUUAUCAGCUACACUAUUACCGUUUGGUGCCACAUUGGCAAAACUGACAUUUCCAGAUAAAGAAGGAAAAAAUCAGGACUUGGUCCUUGGAUUUAACACUAUUGAUGAAUUCGAAUCUGACACUCAAUCACUGGGAAAAACAGUUGGCCGUGUGGCCAACAGAAUCAAGAAUUCCCAAUUGAAAUUUGACGGAAAAGAAUACAAAAUGACACCGAAUAAUGGUCCACAUUAUUUACAUGGAGGACCCAAUGGAUUGGGAUAUGAGGAUGGACUGCCGGGAGAUGCGAAAAUUGAUGUAACCUACACAGUAAACGACCGUAAUCAACUAAUCAUCGAGCAUCAUGCGACAUGUGAAAUCCCGGGACUUCUAGCCCUCACAAAUCACGCCUACUGGAAUUUAGAUGGAUCAGAAGACGUCAAAGAGCAUUUCUUAGAAAUGGAUUCUGAAGAAUACGUGGAAGUUGAUGACACAUUUUGUCCAACAGGAGCGAUUCGAUGUGUCAAAGGGACCAGAUUCGAUUUUCGAAAUAGAAAACAAUUGAAGGCGUUUGGAGAAUCAGAAAAUGAGAUUUUGGAUUUGGAUAAUGAUUUAGUGAUCGCUAGAAAAGAUCCACCCAUCACGCCGACGUCAAAUUUGAGAUUCUGGAGCCAGAAAUCGGGAAUCGAGUUGUCAAUCACCACUUCCUACCCGGUUAUUCAUUUAUAUGCAUCGAAAUUUUUGGAUUGUUCUGGAAAGAAUGGAGAGCACUACGGAGCAAAUAAAGCGCUGGCAAUUGAGCCACAGUUCCACUCGGCUGCUCCUAAUUUUGAAAAUUUCCCCGACGUCUCACUCCGUCCAGGUCAAGACUACUGUCAGGAAAUCGUGUACACUUUUUCUCAUGUCAAUUGA